AUGUCUGAUAAGUCGCGUGCUUCUGCUGACGCCCAAGAGGAGCGCGCGGACAGUCCGACCGACUCGCCUCAAGAGAAACUCGACACCGCGACAGAAAACGAACAACACGAGCAGGAACAGAACACAGUGGAGCAUGAGGACGAGGAACAAUCACAAGCCGACCAAACCGAGGAAGGAGAAGUCACAGCAAUUGCACCCCCAUUACCCGACGAGGUCCCCCCGCCACUCCCUGACGAAGCACCGCCUGGCCAAACCAAUGAUGAUGGAUGGGAACCUGUGUGGGAUGCCACGUCGCAAUCGUACUAUUUCUACAACCGAAUCACAAAACUCUCACAAUGGGACAAUCCUCGUGUACCCGAACAAGCAGCAACAGAACCAGCUCCUGGCACAGCACCCAGUACCGAUAACCAAGAGCCCCCGAGAUCAAAGUCACCAGUGCUCGGUGGCUAUAACCCCGCCAUCCAUGGAGACUAUGACCCAACAGCCUCAUAUGCGCAGCAAUAUGAAGAGACACCAGAGACAUCUACAGCUGCGGUUGACCCGGCUGCCGCUUACGCGGCCGCUGGAACCUUCAACCGCUUCACAGGUCGAUGGCAGGCACAAUCGAUCAACCCAGAGAACCACAACGACGAGAACAAGUCAAACCGCCAGAUGAAUGCGUUCUUUGAUGUUGAUGCUGCAGCCAAUUCACACGAUGGCCGGAGUCUUCGGGCUGAACGCAGCGCCAAGAAGCUGAGCAAGAAAGAGUUGAAGGACUUCAAGGAGAAGCGCCGAGAGAGGAAGGAGGAGAAGCGGAGGGCGUGGUUACGGGACUGA